CUAUUCUACAUGAACCGGUGGGGGAUAAUAACUCCAUGGGCGACUCAUCUGCAUAUAUAUACACGACUUUCACGAACUGUUCGUCUAUUCUGAUCAUUCGUUCUACCUAAGCAAAAGUGAGAGAUUCUUAAACGUAAAGUGGAAAAGGUAUAAUGUUUUCUCUACAUAAUGGAACUCUCUGUUCUAAAAAGAGGGAUUUGAUGAAAGUCUAUGGGGAACCGUUCCAUGGUUCCUUGAAACGGAGCAAACAAGGAGAUCAAGCACAAGAAACACUUGAGAAGAACAUCACUACUCUGUUCUUUCAAAGAUCAAAGUCAGAGAGCUCCAUAUUGAUAAAUCCAGAUGUUCAGCUUCACCUAGAGGCUAAGACCCAAUCAGAGACAUAUGAUGAUCACAGGACAGAGCUGGAUCUUGAUCUGAACCUAUCUUCAUCAUCAAGUUCUACUGUGAAAACAAUCACGAAGAAAGAUGAUGGUUCUAAAGGUGGAACUUUGAACAUGACCCCAGGGAAGAAGGGGAUAUCAUGUGAUCUAGGGCUAAGCCGAUCCCCGUCUUGGUUAGCGUUUGAAGGUGAUGAUGAUAACCAGAAGAAGCAAGAGAUGGUGACAACAGUGUGUAUGAAGUGUCACAUGCUGGUUAUGCUAUGUAAAUCAACUCUCGUGUGUCCCAACUGCAAGUUCACGCACACUGAUGAUCAUAAUUCCACUAAACAGUUUAAGACUUUAAAUUUGUUUAAGCUCUUAUGCUAGACAGUCUAGCUUAGACUUGCUUGUCAGCGUGUAUGUUCAUGGCAUGAGCCCAAGUAUGUGGAACUAGAUAUGUAUGAGUUAUAAUGUAUAUACAAGUACUGAUAGUUAUAUUCUAUGCGUUCUA